CUCUCUCUCUCCACCCCCCCGGCACAUGCCCGCCUCCCGGCCGCCGGCAGGAGCAGCAGUUGCAAUCCCCGCGCAUCACCCUCGGCUGCCGGGCGCUUCUGCCUCGGCGUGCUUUCCUCUUUCUCCGCCUCUAACAAAGGGAUCGUCGGCGAGGGAGGCGAGGCAGCCCCCUCCCCACGCGACCACCCACCCACCCCGGGCUAUUGUUGCAGCUUCGUCGGACGAGGGCCGGGAGAUGGAAGAUGGAAGGAGGCGACGGUGGGGCAGCCAUGGAGGUAGCACUCUCCUUCCACACAACAUCAACAACGAAUUCCCGGAAUAUGGGGCUGUGGAGGAAGGUGCCAAAACUUCGGAAAUUCCCUCUGAGGUUCACGAAGACGAACUAGUGUGUGUUUCUGACGGGCAGCCAUGUGACCAGCUGCCUUCUGAGAACGGCAGACCUAGUGAUGGGGUAGAGUUUUUCUCUGAGGGGUUACAAAUGGCUCCCCAAGAGGAAGAAGUGUCAGAACAGUUUGGCAGGCCGAGUGAGACUAUAGAAACCUCCCAAGAUUUAGAAUCUGAAAAGGCACUUGACAGGGAAAACGAUGCUUUUGGUUCAGAGAUGCAAAUGGAAAAAGAGAGGAAAGUUGGCAGUGGAGCUGAGGAGGCAGCCAGGGAGAUGGUUCUUGCAGGCCAAGAAAAACCUCCAGAAAUGCCUCUUCCAUCUGAAGCCACAGCGGAGAGAAAAUUGUAUUGGAUCGCAGAAGAAGACUCUAUGGUCUUAACUGUGGAAAUACAGCCUGAGAGCUUACGAACUGCUGGCAGUGCAACUGAGGAGGCCCACAAAAUAUGUGAAACCAGUUGCCAUAAAGCUCUGGCCCAGCCAGAGGACAGAAAGGUGGGUGCUACAGGAGUCCUUGGCGGUGCCUGGGCAGACUUUGAGCGGGAGUUUUCUGUGUUUGAUUCAGACAAGGAAGAAAGAGCGCCCGAGAGGAGGAUAUCCAAAGAGGCGGCUGUGAGCAAACACGUGGAAUUUCAAGGGGUGGAAAUCCUUUGGAUCCAAAAAGCAGAGGAGGAGAAGGAAACCGGACUCUCUGACACGGAUAGUGUAGAAAGAAGAGUCUCAAAACACCACACACCACCGGCAGUCUCAUCAGAAUUGGACUGUUUGCCAGAACGCUCCUGGAAUGUAUCCUGGGAAAACUUCAGGCCUUUAACUUCGCUGGCUGAAGGUGGAGAGGAUGAAGUCUUCAUAGUAGAGGAAAAGAAGAACUGGGCACUGGAGAGGAAAUCUAUGUUGGACAAGGACAGGCUCAUGGAGGAGGAGGAAGAGGACGACGACAACGAAGCCAUCAGUGGAAGAGUGGAAGAUGUCCUUGGGCAACCGCACUCCGAAGUCUCCACAGAUGUGUACAGCUCCCAGUUUGAAAGCAUUCUGGACAAUGCCUCUUUAUAUUAUAGUGCGGAGUCUCUGGAAACUUUAUAUUCUGAGCCGGAUAGCUACUUCAGCUUCGAAAUGCCGCUCACUCCCAUGAUUCAGCAGCGUAUCAAAGAAGACGCUCAAUUUUUAGAAAGGACUCCUGAUGGGGCAAUAAGAAAAGGCCACAGCGACGGGAUUGCCAAUGGACUAGGAGAUGUGAAGGAGACGGACAUCACAGAAGCUUGUCAUUUAGAAAGCAAUGCAAGACUGGAAUGCACAACGGCGCCAGAUGCCGUAGGGGACAUGGGAAGCAACGAUUUCCUGGAGAAAGAUGGGCACGAAAACCUGGGGCAUGACUUCAUCAAUGGGACCACCAGCGGCAAUGCGGAAGCAGCCCGGAGGCUGGCAAAGCGCCUGUAUCAUCUGGAUCGAUUCAAGCGGUCUGAUGUAGCGAAGCACUUGGGGAAAAACAAUGAGUUCAGCAAACUUGUCGCUGAGGAAUACCUCAAGUUCUUUGAUUUCACAGGCAUGUCUUUGGAUCACUCACUCAGGACAUUCUUCAAAGCCUUUUCUCUUAUUGGAGAAACUCAGGAAAGAGAGCGAGUUUUAGUUCAUUUCUCCAACAGAUACUACCAGUGCAACCCAAAUGCCAUUUCCACGCAAGAUGGAGUCCAUUGCCUCACAUGCGCUAUCAUGCUGCUGAACACUGACCUCCACGGCCAUGUGAGUAUUCUGCAAAUUGUCCUGUUUGCUCAGAAAUUUUGAACUGCUCUUUCAAUA